AUGACAACGACAUUGUCCGCUUUACCGUAUUAUGACGGAUCCAUUGAUAUCCGUGAAUGUCGAGAAAUGUUGCCAGAUCUCGGUGAUUUUUUAAUACGGAAUGUGGCACAAGAAGUAGAUAAAAGUGAUGGUAAAGGACAAGUAUAUUGUAUAUUAACGACGGCAGUGACGCCGGAACAAGCGUCAGAUAACUCAAAAAUGCUACCAAAGGAGUACUCAUUAAGGGGACUAGAUGGGGAUGCAUACGUACGGAAGGAUGCAGAUGCGGCUCUCGACAGCUUCACGAUGCACACGGCGUCCGCGGUGCCCAGCUUUGUUGAUGGCUCCUGGUCCCUCCGACGGCUCGGCCGAUGGCUGGCUGGACAUUGGCCAAUUGCGGGCCUCCAGCCCUUCAACGACUCCAACGGCGAGGAAGGCGAUGACGAUCUGAAAGUGUAA